AUGCGUGCCGGGCCCCAGACUCGCAGCAGCGACAAGCCUCUAUCUCAGAUAUCACGAAGUCAAACAUGGAGGCCUCACGAAAAGCCUUCCUCAUCUGCACAAGCUCUAUGGGUGUAUAGCUCAAAGCCGGCUUUUAUGAAAUGCAGCGAGUUUUAUGCAUCGGCCCGGGGCGUGCAUACGAUCAUCACCACAGACGACCCUGAGCGCCAUCGUGCUAUGCGAAAUACAGCAUUACCUCUGUUCGCUUCGCGAGAGAUGGAUGAUGUAUUUCGAAUUGGAAGGAUUCAAGUCAAGCGAGCUGCAGACUCCAUGAUGCAGAGUAGCCAGGAGGGCAAACCUGUGGACCUUCUGAGUUAUUUCAAAGCAAUGAUGAUCAACAUCACCGCGGGUACAUAUCUUUGCUCAAAAGAGCUGGUCUGCUAUUCGGCGCCCAAUUCCGGAUGGAUGACUGCGCACAAUUUCGUCGAUGGAUAUCGAUGGCUAAUGUUACACCUGGAGAAUGAAAUUGGACAAAGUCUCAGCAGGAGUGAUGUCUCAAGCUUGUUCCAACAAGCAGCAGUCUUCUUGAUUGCUGGUAAAUCCCCCUCUAUCACACUCACUAUUGCAUGUUUCUAUAUUCUGAAGUCGCCACGUAUCAAGGACAGGCUUCAGACUGAGCUGGAUGAGUUCGACAAAAGAACGCCUGGGGGUAUUUCUGGUCCACAGCUUGACUGGAGGGCACUGACUCGGCUAGCUUAUUUGGAUGCUGUGGUCAAAGAAAGUUUACGUAUAGUACCACCAAUUCCGGGCCUUUUACCAAGGGUGGUCCCCACGGAGGGAAUGGAGAUAGGGCCAUAUUUUCUACCGGUUGGAGCACGCAUCUCUGGAGCCCUGCUUGCCUUCCACCACAAUGAGACCGUUUUCCCCAACCCUGGUUGCUUUAAUCCCGAGAGAUGGCUACAAGCAUCCCCUGAUGAGCUUCAGGCAAUGGAACAGCACUUCAUGCCAUUCAGCAAAGGAUCCAGGGCAUGCAUUGGGUUGCAACAGGCGUACAUUUACAUGUUCACCGCUUUAGCCCACAUUUGGACCCAAUUUGAUAUGGAAGCUGUAGAAAGGAUCCCGGAGACAUUGGACUGGAAGGACCAAACUGGAGCAGUUCCGCGAAUACCUUUGCUGAAAGCCAAGCCGAAUCCAACGGUCAAAAUCGGUCAAACACUGAUGGUGAAAGACCCGUGUCUUCAUCUUCGACGCAGGCACUUUCUGCUUCGAAAUGACCAUGAUGUUAAACAUGAAACCGCUACAGACCACAACGUCCAGGUAGAGUUCGCGACACCGUCAAUCAAGCUGAAUAUCGUCAUCCAAACAAUCGGCACCCAAGGAGACAUUCAACCCUUCCUCGUCCUUGGCGACGAGCUUGUCCGGCAAGGCCACCGGGUUCGCAUCGCCACACAUGCCACGUACGCCUCCGCCAUUGCGACAGGGUACUCUCAACUAGAGUUUUUCUCUAUCGGCGGUGACCCUGCUGAGUUGAUCUCCUAUGGACGGAAAAAUUCCGGGUAUGUUCAUGAGCUCAAGACCCUGCAAGCCCGUCUCCAAGGGAAGAAAAUCCCGAUGAUGUCCGACAUCAUCAGUGGAUGUUGGAGGUCGUGUGUGGACGAUGAUCCGGAUACUGGGGCGCCGUUUGUUGCAGAUGCGAUCAUUGCAAGUCCGAUCGUCUUUUCGCAUGUGCAUUGUGCGCAGGCUCUUGGGGCGGUGCCGGUUCACCUCAUGUACACUAUGCCUUGGUCGAGGACGAGGAUGUUCCCGCACGCGAUCACCAGAGUGGGUGUUGGACGGGCUAUGAAGCCUGGUCGUCGUAAUUGGAUUUCUUAUGUGGCAACCGAGUGGAUGGUGUGGCUGUAUCUAGGAGAUACCAUUAAUCAGCUGCGAGUUUCUCUUGACCUGGCCCCCGUUCCGAUGAAACUGGGCUCAGUAUUGCACGAGACAUUGAAAAUCCCAUUCACAUAUUUCUGGCCUCCAUCCUUGGUGCCAAAGCCAGAUGAUUGGCCCGCACAUAUAGGUAAUGUUGCCCUCUACGGCCCGUGCGGUUGGAGCCCCUAUCUUCCUUCGCAUGAGCCUUCGCCUGAGCUGCAGGAGUUCCUCCGCUCGGGAUCGACACCCGUAUACAUUGGAUUCGGAAGCAUCGUUUUGGACGAGCAGCAGAGCCAAGAGCUCACAGACACGGUCAUGGCAGCUAUCUCCCUUGCCGGGAUCCGUGCAUUUGUUGGGAAAGGAUGGUGCAAGCUAGGUAGCCUUGCCUGCAGCCACAAAAAUGUACUUUUCAUAGACGACUGUCCGCAUGAAUGGCUUUUCCAACAUGUCAGCGCAGUAGUCCACCAUGGGGGCAUUGGAACCACAAUAUGUGGGCUUAAGCAUGACCGUCCAACCGUCGUGGUGCCUUUUGUUGCGGACCAGAGAUUCUGGGGCCAUAUAGUUGCAGGCACAGGUGCAGGUCCUGCUCCGAUCCCAUAUACGUCUCUUACUCCUCGCCGCUUGGCUGCGGCCAUGCGCCACUGCUUGACCGAUCAGGCAAAAGCGGCUGCACGGCAGGUUGGGACGAAGCUACGAGCAGAAACACGAGGUACAUCGAAUGCAGUCCAGUCGUUCUAUCGAAAUCUCCCUUUGCGUCGAAUGCGGUGCGACUAUUUGUUUGAUCAGCCAGCCGUUUGGAGCUAUGGGCGGGCCAAUGAAGAGAUCCAGCUCUCCAAAGCUGCAGCGUGGAUACUUAUCUGCCACGGUAGAAUACGUGCACAGGACUUGAAAAUUUACCAGAUCAAUCCGUACGGCGCAUUAGACUGCGGCACAUCACGUAAUCUCGUGACAGUGAUCAUUGGUGUUUUCGUCAGGGUUUUAUCAGCUCUUUGGCAUGCAGUGUUAUACCUUCUCGGUGGACGUACAAAUAUCAUGAAUGCCCCUCCUAGGAGCCCUGCCAGCUUCGGUACAGAGGCCGCUGUCGUCAAAGCCAGACUAAGGGAAGGACAGUACGUGGCAGAAAAAAUGUCAUCGGAAACGCAAUCUGUUGUUUUGGGGAAUUUCGACGCCAGCUGUGGAAAAGAUCGGAAUUUAGAUACUUUCUGUCUGUGA